CCAACUCUGCUUUUGUCUUUAGUUUUUUGUUAAAUAUAUUUCGACAACUAAAAUAAACAACCGUUCCUUUUAUGCUUGUAUCGUUAGCUAUUUGCGAUGUAUGGAAUACAAGCGCCUUGGGUGCCAUGCGAGAGCUGCCAUGCCUGCAACCGGAACUAUUCAGGAUAUAAAAGUGCUGAAACCUCACAACCAUCCACCGGACUACGCUGCCGAAGAGAAGAUUGUCUUCGUGAGGGAACUCAAAACGGUGGCACUGAAGAAUCCCAACGUACCCAUUCGGACUAUUUAUACUACUCUAUCAGAAGUGUAUCCAAAUGCUGCUAGAGAGCUACCAUUUGAAAGAAUUCGUUACAAGAUGACACGUUGGAAGAGAUCUCAAGAUUAAAAUAGGAUUUUUUAAUAUCUAGCAUUUUUAUUACGUUUCAUGUUUUUCUGAUAUCUGUUAUGUUUGUGGAUGUGUUCAUGUCCGUUUUUUUUAUUUUCUCGUUUUGCAUGUUAUGUUAUUGUUGGUAUUAUCGAUUGGAAACAAUCUUUUUUUUACCAAGCAUGAAUUAUUUAUUUGAAAUCGAAAGUUUACGUUUCCUCGAUUUUUUAAAAUUCCUAUGUAUUCAUUGAAAUAAAGGUUCCUUUUAUGCUGC